AUGGCGAAGAAAUAUCUCUUCGCUCUGAUCAUGGAGGAUUAUCUGUGCGACUAUUAUGUAUCUGAAGGACUGUAUAGAGCUCUGGCAUAUGGUCUGGUUCCUGUUGUGUGGGGAGGUACAGCCUACGAACAUAUCCUGCCUCCCAGAUCUUAUAUCGACGCCCGUAGGUAUCAUCCUAAGGCCCUAGGGGACCUACUUACGGAGUUACAGAGAAAUCCAGUCGCAUAUGGCAAGUAUCACGUUUGGCGAAGGUAUUGGGUCGUAGCAAAACGAGGCAGCCUAUGCGAGCUGUGCCACCGCCUGCACAAUAACAUUACAAGAGGGUACCAUAUGGACAUACCCAAGUGGAGACAGGAGACGGAGGAGUGUGUGGUGGCGCCUUUGAGGAUGUUCGAUGGUGAUGGUUGGAAGAAAGUGAUUUAUCAGUGA